CAUAUUUUUUUCUUCAACGACGCGGGACGGGUGCUGAAGGUGAAAAUAUACUAACACGGGGCGAAAGGGAAUUUUCCCCGAUUCACCUGUUGCUGCCGGCGGUAUUGGAUGCCAUUGCUUCGGCUAUGAUGCUUACCGGCCUCUACUUAACUUAUAUAUCCAGCUUUCAGAUGCUGAGGGUUGCUGCCCUCAUAUUCGUUGGUAUAUUCGGUGCCAUUCAUCUCAAUCAAACGCUUACUGCACGCCAUUGGAUGGCUAUGUUCACCAUCAGCUGCGGCAUUGUGGUUAUCAUGUCCGUUGACGUGCAUCGUGUUGAAUAUGAUCGCUCUUCCUUGCCCAAAUGGGACGGCAAUGCAGUGUUAACCGGCAACUUACUAGUUGUUUUCGCACAAAUUUUCCAUGCCGCCAAAUUUAUUUAUGAUGAAAAGUAUCUUAAGGGUACUGAUAUACCGACAAUGUUAGCUACCGGCUGGCAAGGCAUAUUCGGUCUAUUGUUCACGCUUCUGCUAGGCUUUUGCCUAAAUUUCUUACCUUCACCUGUUCCGCUUAAUAAUAAUACACGCGAGGUUUUUGACGAUCUUGGCGAUGUUAUUCCGCAAAUACGUAGUAAUCCAACACUGUGGGCACCUGUUAUUAUAUUUAUCAUUUCAAGUGCGUGCUAUAACUUUGCCUCGUUAACAAUUGUGAAAUACUCGUCUUCAGCAAAUCGAUUACUUGCCGAUGGCCUGCGUAUUUUUCUCAUUUGGUGGAUGGCAUUCUUGUUGGAAUGGGAAAUGUUCAAUCUUAUCACUAUUAUGGGCUUCAUAAUACUACAAAUGGGAACGAUCGCUUACCGUAAUGCGAUCUUCAUCGAAUGGUAUCGCUCUUUACUAGCUCGUUUGAUGCGCAAUAGAUACGCUGAUCUAACGGUCGAAACGGGCAACGAGGGUGGAGAAGCUGGCGUGUCGACUAAUCGUCCAGCAGAUGCUAUUUAAAAUAUUGCAGCUGUAAUGGCCAAAACGCGCAUUGUUGUGAUAUGUUGAGGUGUAAAAUCGAUCGUUUCUUGAAUUUAUGACCAAAAGCGACUAAUUUUUGUAAACUAUGUAUUUAAGAAUGGGAAAUUGCGAUUUUCUUUAUUUGAAUUAACAAAUAGAUAAAUAUCUGUGGCGCCUGUGUAUUAAGUAUAUAUUAUAAUUUGAAAUUGAAGAACUGUCUAAUUUUGUUACGUAAAUUAUCUAUGUUGUAAUCUUAACUUUUGGAAGUAAAUACUUUUCGCUACGAGUAGGGAAAGGUCAUCCUUUAAUCCUGACACACCGAAACCGGUGAUGUUCCGGAGUCACAGAUAUUUUGUUAGAUAAUAUUAAAAAAACGUACUGAUUCAUCUGACUAUUUAGUGGAAAAAUUAAAAGGUAUUUGAUUUAACAUUGAUUAGCGAUUAACCAAAAAUUUGAAAAUAUACAUGCAUACUUAUUGAGAAAUAUACAAUAAAUACUAUUAAACCCCA